ACACAAUUUUGCAUUAUAACGUUUUGCCGCUUUGAUUUUAUUUAUUGGCGUAGCAGUAGAAACAUUUUCUAUCAAGGCUUGUUUUUGAAUAGGUAAAUAAUAAUCGGUAGCCGAAGUGAACUUUUAGACAUGUGAAAAAGUCAUUCGGAAUGUUCUGGAAAUUUCAACCGUAUGAAAUUCAAAUUUGAUUUAUUUUGGCAAUGUAUCUGUGCAAUGUGAUAACAUAAUGGCGGGUAAGGCGUUAGUGUGGAAAUAUGUGGCUAAUCCUACGGGCCCCCAGCCAAGACCAAGGCAUGGACAUCGUGCUGUUGCUAUUAAAGACUUGAUGGUAGUUUUCGGGGGUGGAAAUGAAGGAAUCGUAGACGAGUUGCAUGUUUACAAUACAGCUACAAACCAAUGGUUUGUCCCUGUUAUCAAAGGGGAUGUACCCCCAGGAUGUGCUGCUUAUGGAUUUGUUGUAGAGGGGACCAGACUACUUGUAUUUGGUGGAAUGGUGGAGUACGGAAAAUAUAGCAAUGAAUUAUAUGAACUCCAGGCUUCAAAGUGGGAGUGGAAGCAGCUGAAGCCAAAAAAACCUAAAUCCGGACCUUCACCAUGUCCAAGGUUGGGUCAUAGCUUCACCAUUGUAGAUUCGAAAGUAUAUUUGUUUGGUGGGCUGGCCAACGAAAGCAUAGACCCCAAAAAUAACGUGCCACGCUAUCUAAAUGACCUUUAUACCUUAGACAUUCACACAACACCUGUGCAGUGGGAUAUUCCCAUGACAAAUGGUCCUUGUCCACCACCUAGGGAAUCUCACACAGGUGUUGCAUAUUCUGACAAAAGCAAGGGUAAAUCCUUCCUGGUUAUAUAUGGAGGAAUGAGUGGAUGUAGGUUAGGGGAUUUAUGGUUUUUAGAUAUUGAUAACAUGACAUGGUCUAGGCCACAAGUGAAUGGUGUGGCCCCUCUUCCUAGGUCUCUCCACACGGCCACUCUCAUUGGACACCGAAUGUUUAUAUUUGGUGGUUGGGUUCCUGCAGAAGAUUCUAAAACAGCUAAUGAGACUAAAUGGGAAUGUACAUCCACAAUGGCCUGCCUGAAUUUGGAAACAAUGAAUUGGGAUGACAUCAACUUGAAACAAGAUAGUGAAGAAAACAUGCCAUGUGCACGUGCUGGACACUGUGCUGUUGGCAUUAGCACUAGGCUUUAUAUUUGGUCAGGUCGUGAUGGAUACCGUAAAACAUGGAAAAAUCAAGUGUGUUGUAAGGACCUUUGGUAUUUAGAGGUUGAUAAGCCAGCAGCACCAAACAGGGUGUCUCUUGUAAAGGCAGCCACACAUUCAUUAGAGGUUAAUUGGAUGGCUAUGCCCUCUGGUCAAACCUAUAUACUCCAGAUUCAGAAGUAUGAACUUCCUUCAACAGGAGUCACUAAGCUCCCUGUUCCAACACAGACCAAUGCCCCUCCCCCGCUUCUCAUAUCACCGAAACAAGGACAGUCGCCGGGACAUCAUAUUAUAAAUAGUCCGACCGGAUCUGCUACACUUAAAUCUCAGCAGCAUGCCGUUCCCAAAAUCAUUGCCCCAGUUAUCAAACCGACCCAAAAUAUCCGUAUUCAAACGCCGGUCAACGCAGCAACUGUUAGACAGGCGCCUCCUGCACAGGGUAGUCCCAAACAAGUACUAAUACAAAAGGGACCCAAUGUUAUUCAGAAGAGUAGUGUUCCACAACAAGUAGUGACCUUGGUGAAAACCAGCACUGGUAUGACUUUGGCCACCUUGCCCAAAAAUACAAACUUGGUACAAUCCAAGAUAUCAGGUGUAUUACCCCAGCAAUCGAAGAACACAGUUGUCAAAAUAGUACCUGCUAACACUAGCAACAAACAGAUGCUGACCACUGUCAAAACAAUUCCUUCGAACAUGAUUCAGAUGAAUAAGGCUACAGGGAAACUUGUUCUUUCAAAGACUGCCACUGGUCAAAUACCGACACUGAAUAAUCAACAAGUAUUGGUUGUCAGUUCUGGAACAGGACUCCGUACUAUACAGACUCUAACUAAUGCACAAACAGUUAACGUACCUUUAAAAACAACAACAUUAAAUGUUCUGCCAUCCACCACAACUAGCAUAACGGGGUUACAGAACGUGAAAUUGACUAAGCCUAUCACCAUACAGAUGCCAGUAGGGGCCCAGAAAAAUAUAACCUUAGCCAAAAAACAAGUUAUGAUUGGGGGAAAACCGGUAACCGUACAAAUGGCUAGUGGAAAUAAAACGUUGACGUUGGUUCAGCAGCCUCAGGGUGUGGGUAAAAUAGUUAGAUUGCCGGCAGCUUCCCUUUCAACAAACCAUGUGGAACAGCCUAAACUGAUGGUUGUUUCAAGACCAAAACAACCUUCAGCAACUAUUGCUUCAACUUCCUUUGAUGGUCCGGCCACUACCGAUGCUGCACUGGCCGCUCUGGCAGCAGAAGCAGGUCUUAUCGAUCCAGAGCCUGAAAAGGAGGAGGUUCCCCAGAGCAACGAGGAACUCCUCAAAGCCGCUGAAAUGAUAACUCCUGCCGACGAUCCACCAGUGGAAACGCCACUUCCUACAGAAGCCGUAACUCCAAUGGAAACUGCCAGUGGACUUGCGGGAGGUUGUUCAAGUUACUCAGAUCUUGUAGGAUUGAAAGGAGGAUCACCUAUACUGUCGAACACAGAUCUUGAAAUUACGAUCAUUCCAAGACCUGUCUGGUCACUGGGUUUACGCGGUGGCAACAAAGACAAUAACGGGGAACCAGAUGUUCAACCUGCCACUUUGACACCUGAAGAAAGUAUCAGCUCGGAUGAUGGAACAGUUAAGAGCGAACCUGAGGUUCCCGAUGAAAAAAUGGAGGCUUCCGAGUUGGAGCCUUUGAAAGCUGAAUCAUUCAAUGAUAGCUUUGUAAAGAAUCAACCUGUAGAUAUUAAGAGUGGAUUGGAAUCUGAGCAUGGAUAUGACUCGUUCGCGAAAAAUCAACAAAUUCCAGUACUUAUGGCUGAUGAAAUCAAGAAAGAGGACUCGGACGAUGCUCUGUCGGCAUUGGCGUCGGCUGCUUUGGAUCAUCAGAAGGAACUCAUGGACAGUGAAAAUAUGACAGAACCAUCAGUUAAGGAAGAAGAAAAGCCUCAGAUUGCUGCAAACUCUCCCACCGAACCAGCUGAUAAAGAGCAGUGGUUCACGGUUGGUUUCAUCAAAGGAAAUUCCUGUGAUGUACAAAGCUAUUACUUAUUCAACGAGGAUACAUCCAAAAUGACUGUAGAAAAUUUACCUGAUCUAACGCAAUAUCAGAAAUUCACCCUAGAGCCAGGCACCGCCUACAAAUUCAGAGUUGCCGCUAUAAACGGAGUAGGUAGAGGAGAUUGGAGUGAGAUUUCCGCUUUUAAAACUUGCCUCCCUGGUUUUCCCGGUGCGCCUAACGCAAUUAAAAUCGCCAAAGCUGCAGAUGGAGCACAUUUAUCUUGGGAACCGCCAAAUGCAAAUCAAGGAGACAUUUUGGAGUAUUCUGUGUAUUUAGCUGUGAAAGGAAAAGAAAAAUCGAAUCCAUUAUCUCAACUUGCAUUCGUCCGAGUUUACUGCGGCCCAAGUAACUCUUGUGUUGUUCCAAAUUCAUCUCUGGCUGCUGCGCACUUAGACACAACAACGAAAGCGGCUAUUAUAUUCCGUAUUGCCGCCAAAAACGAUAAAGGUUAUGGGCCUGCUACACAAGUGAGGUGGUUGCAAGAUACUCAGGCGAACAAGCAAGCGGUAAAAAGAACUGCUGACGUGACUAAUCAACAGUCCCCGAAAAAGCAGAAGUUUGAUAAGGACGAAAUGUAAAUGGAGUACAAAAACGCGGUUGGUCAUGUUCGAAAUAGUUAUAUCUGUGAAUGAACUAUGGAUGGAGGUGCUCUGUUGGAUCUCUUGUUUCUAACAUAUUGAAAUCUAUUUUGAAUUCGUUAAGUAAUGGGAUAAACCCAUAGAAGUGGUUGCAUAGGCGAGAGUUGAGGCAUUUUCAAUGUAUUGUGAAACAUGAACGAUCUUGAAAGUACAUAGAUUUUAAUUGACGAAUUGGAAUCUAAAAUGUGUUAGUGAAAUAAAACAUUUUAUUUUUGAA